AUGGGGAUUCCGACUUCUGUCAAAAGGUCGCUAAGACUGUGCGGUGAUUUCGAGUAUGCUAUGCCGGUCAUAGCAUACUAUCUCAAGCUGUACGUGGUUGAAGAGCUGCUUGGUCUGGCGGAAAGAGACGAAGAAGUAAUCGAAAAUGCAACGAAACUUCUGAACGAAAUCGAAGAAUUUAAACAGGGUGCAGAAGACGAGGCGGUUUUGCAGCUUCUGAAAGACCAGCAUAAGGCCAUGGUUUAUUGUCUGAAUUUUGCGUUAUCGCUAUACAACGAGCAAUUAGCGAAAAUACAGGCCAACAACCUUGGAAACGAUCUUUCCAGAGCCCUGUGGUGCUGCGUGGACUUGCUGACUGCCAUAUUGGCCCUGUGGGGAGGAAAGGAAGCAACGAAGGACGAAGUAAGUCAAUGCCAGAAAAGAAUCAAGAUGUGCAAACUGCUUCUGAGCAAACUGGCUCGUGGAGAACUGGGAGCAAACGUGGUUGGAAGUCUGUCUCCGGAGGUCAAUCAGGAGCCUCCGCAUUCGAAGAUGCCCCAAAACGAUGUACAACCAUUGGAUGACGAAGAGGAAGAGAUUGAGGAAGAAGAGAACGAGUCUGAUGUUGAUCCCGAAAAGGUGGAAGAAUUUAUAGCCAGUCUGGAACGGGAGUCCGCGCUGACUGAGGACCCUCAGAAAAAAAUGGUGUCAGACGACGCCAAGGCUGAUACCACACAAGAAAGUAAAGAAACGGACGAUCUAAUCCGCAAAAUGCGCGAGCUGGACGCGGAGCCUGUAUCGCCAGAAGACUCUUCAGAGCCAGAACUGCAACUGCCGCAAGCCCCAACACAUAUUGGCCAGCCACCCGUUUUCCUCGACGAUGAGAACAUCGAUCCGGUCGAAGAAGCAGUUCAGCCUACAAUUGUGACGCAAAAACCGAUUCAUUACAACCCGGACGACCUAAAAAGUAUGUGGAACAGAGAGGAUCAAAUCGCAGCAAUUCAGAAAACAGCGAGAUUUGCUAUAAGCGCCCUAAAUUACGAAGAUCUCAAGACUGCAAAACUAGAACUCACUAAAGCACUACAACAACUGGAGGAAAUAGAAUAA